AUGUUAUGUCUCGAACGUCCUGCCAUACUCCGCAGUAAAGUUCACGUUGCUGCAGAAGAAUUCAACACCUGUUGUGUAUUAUGGUAUUGGUAUUUAGCUGAAGUUAAGGUCAUGAGUACUUCUGAUGAAAACACUUGCGUUUUAUGUGGCGUUAGAGACGAUAACCCCACUUCAGUUCUCGGCGACAGGGGAUGCCAGAGCAUCAUAGCAGCCAGCAAGAAUAAGGGUCGAACGUUGGUCGUCUCACCUGGACAGCAAGUUCACAAGGAUUGCAGGAGGAUUUACUGCCACCCCAAUCAGAAUCGUCUCAAUAGCAGCAGCAAAGAAAAUUUAUAUACAAGUCCAAGUACUAGACAGUCAUUAGAAUUAUCUUUUGACUUUCAAACGAAGUGUUUUUUCUGUGGAACAAACGCAACACAUAAACAACAUAAACGUAAACGAGGUAGAGAUGUUCACCCUGUCUUAACAUUAGAGUUUCAAAAGUCUAUUAAAGAUGUUUGUUUAGAAAGAAAUGAUGAUUGGGGUGAUAUAGUAUUAGGCCGAUUAGAAUGUGUCUGUGAUCUUCCUGCUGCUGAAGCUAGAUAUCACCAGUCUUGUAGUUCUAAUUUUAGGUCUGGAUAUAAAAUUCCAAAAUGUUUUCAGUCACCAGUGACAGAUGAUGGAGCAGCAUAUGAGACGGACCAGUGCAGCAAGACAAAGAAAGGCAGACCUGCUUGCGUUUGUGCUGACAAUGCCUUCAAAACUGUUUUGGAAGAAUUUGAGGAAACUGAAAUUGGGUUUACCACAAUCAGCGACUUGGUACAAAAAUUGGCAUCCAUUUGUGGUGAAGAUAACUCUUACAGCACAACAUAUAUGAAAAGAAGAAUGCUAGAGCAUUAUGGUAAUAGUAUUAUAAUUACAGAAUUGAAUGGAAAAUCCAAUGUUGUCACUUUCAGAAGUAGAGCCCAUGCUAUUUUACAUAACUAUUAUCACAGACAAAAUAAAAAUGACAGUGAAAGUGAGAAACUGGCAAUCAUAAAGACAGCAGGAAAACUGAUUCUGAAUGACAUCAAAGAUAUGGAGGAAAAUGCAGAGAUAUACCCAUCUGCAAAUGAUAUGUCAACUGAAGGCAACAGAAAAUAUGUACCUCCUAGUCUAGUAACAUUAUUACAGCAACUCAUUGACCAAAAGGACCCAGAGAGAAUUAUCACAGCUAUUAGCCAAGCAAUUGUCCAAGCAGCGAUUCCUAGAAGUAUAAUAUGUCCUCUCCAGCUUGGAUUAGGUGUUCAGUUACAUCACCAGUUUGGAUCAAGAAUUCUCAUAGAGACCCUAAACAGCCUAGGCUUCUGCUCUUCUUACCAAGAAGUACAAAAAUACGAGAAAUGUGCAGCAUAUACUCAAGGCAAUGCAGUUGACAGGAACAAUGUUGAACAGUAUGUACAAUUUGUUGCUGACAAUAUAGAUCACAACACUGCGACGAUUGACGGCCAUAACACAUUUCCAUGGAAUGGGCAUAUAUUGCAACAUUUACACCAAAGGACAACAAAAGACGAGUUGUACCCAGGAUACAAGUAA